CGACUUUUCACGCACUUGCAUAGAAAAAAGCUUUCGAACAAAACCGUCGACUUCAUUUUUGCGUAUCCGAAACAUCACCCCAACACAUACUUUCAUCAUGGAUCCCGAGACUCAGCUUAAACAGAACCCCGGUUACGACCCUAAGCACGACUCUGCUGGUGCCAAGCACCCCAACCUUGGUCAAGGCCAUGCUGGCGCCAACCCCCAAACUGGCGAGGCCUUUGAGUAUGCUCCUCAAGGCGCCCACUCCCGACUGGACCGAAAAGACGAGCGAAACCACGGUGAUGCUCUUGCCGACGCCAAGCGAGUCGAGAAGCUCGAAAAGCAUGCUGAGGCUGAGCACGAGAGAGCCCUCAAGAAGCCUACCGCUGUUGCUGAGGCCCACGGUAAUGAGCCAAGCCGAGGAGCCCAGAAGGAUGAAGAACUUGUCGGCGAUGAUGAAGAGGAGUUGAGGAAGAAACAGCAAGCCAAGCAGCAGAGCAAGGAAGCUCAUAAGCCGAAGCAUCCUUAGAUUCGGUAUUGGGAGGAUAUGUAGCAUAGAAUUCGACAAGUAUAUUUAUCACACAAUCUGCAUAGGAUCAAUAUUCAUUUAUCAUAUUAGUUAUGUUUAAUUACUCAGCUUCAUCGUUAUCCAGAGAGCACCGGUUGGUCGGAUGACGCCUAAUAAUAGCGCCUUUGCAAAAAGUUUGCAGC